UGAUUUUUUCGUUUUUGAUAAUAUUUUUCCUCACUUUUCUAUUUUUGUUGUUUUAAAUAAAGCGUACAUUUUUACAUUACAUAACCUUCGUCGUGAAUUGCGUUACAUGUGCGUUGCUCGUAUCAAAAUUCUGUAAAAUAUGCUUUGUCUACGAGCGCUUGUUCAGCAUGUCAGGCAAGCACAACGAGCCCUGCUAUCUAGCAGCACAACAAGUUCCGUAGACACAACUUACAUGGAAAUUCCUGUGUACGACAUUAAUAAACCUCAAACAUUAGAGAAUAGAAAAGCGAGGUUGCUGUACCAGUCUCGUAAACGGGGAAUGCUAGAGAAUGGCCUUCUAUUGAGUACAUUUGCCAAGAAGCAUUUGUCCAAUUUUGAUGAAAAGCAAACAAUGAUGUAUGAUCGCCUCAUUAACUCACCGUCUAAUGAUUGGGAUAUCUUCUACUGGAUUGUUGAGAAGCAACCUACACCCAAGGAGUUUGAUAAUGAAAUUAUGGAUUUACUGAAGAAACAUGCUAAAAACGAGGACAAAACAGCACUUUCCCAGCCACCCCUAUAUUAAAUAGAUCAUAUUUCAAAAAAUCUGUUUAACUGUUAUGGGUAAUUAUUACAUCAAAUAUUUUCACCUUAUAAUAUAGCAAAGCAUUGCUAAAAGAUACUUAAUUGAAGAAUGUAUUUAGUAUUUCUUGUCUAAAUUAUGAUAGUAUAGUUAUUGCUUAAUAAAAGUUUUAUUUAACUGAA